UUUCCUGCUUGGGCUGAGCUGGGAGGAGCUCAUGCUCAGUGGUGCCUUGGAAAUGUCUGCUGGGGAGGAAGAUGUUCUCUCAGAAACCUCAAAACAAGACCUCAGCAGCUUCUUAGCAAGAGUGAAUGAAAUUGGUGAUUUGGUGAAAGGGCUCAGUACUUCAAAUGACAAGACAGCUGCAGACGAGGCCAUUAAGAAAGCUGAUGCAUAUUUGCAUGUCUCCAAAGUAUCAGAAUCAACCAUUGGGUUUAACCAAACAUUUGUGAACACACCCACCACUGAAAGCACUCAAGCACAAUCGUCACAGCAAGAGCUCUGCCGCAGUCUAGAGGAGGAUGCUCAAGAGAGGACUGAGCGGAGGCGGGAGAGGGAGGCAGCUGGUCGGAAGUGGAAGAGUAAGGGGGCUGGAGCGUUCAAACGUGGAGACAUGGAGGAGGCCCUGGACUGCUACUCCAAGGCACUAGAGGAGACACCAUGGGUCAUCACUCUCUACACUAAUAGAGCACUGUGCUAUAACAAGAUGGGCAGGUAUAUAGAAGCGAUUGAAGACUGUGAUGAAGCCAUCAAAAUUGAGCCGGCUAAGAUUCGAGCACAUGUUCACAAAGGAAAGGCUCUUGUUGGCAUGGGAAACUACACUCAGGCCAUUGAGAGCUAUCAAGAAGCCUUGAAGCUCAAGCCUGAGACCAAGCUGAGAAGUGAGAUACAAGCUGAACUGGACUCUGCUUAUGCUACCUCUAAUAUCCAAUAGCUCUAGUCAAUCAACCAUGCACAUUGUUUGUGUACAUGUAUAUAUACCAUGAACAUUUCCCCACUUUGUACAGUUUCCGGUUGUAAUUGAAACAUGCCAACAUCUUAACUAUG